AUGGUGAAAGUCAAACCUGCAUCGGCGAGGCCAGCGCUUCAAGAUGCCAGCAAUCAGGCAAACCAAGCCACCAACCCUCCUGCAGCGGAUGCGAAGCCCGUCGAAAAGCCUGCUAAGACUACGACUGAAGCUCCUGCAUCAGCCCCGAAGGCUAAUGCCACCGCUGGCAAGAAACGCAAGUCGGAAACUUCCUUAGACGACGAUAUCGCUGCGUAUAAGCAGGACCUUUCCCAUAUCUCAACUGAGGGUUUCUAUAUCGACAUGAAAUGCAACUAA